UCCCUGGAGCCUUCUCUUCUCCAGGUGAACCCCCCCAGCUCUCCCAGCCUGGCUCCAGGGCAGAGGAGCCACAUCCCUCAGUUAAUCCCAACCCUGGAGAACCUUCCAUAUUUGAAGGUGAAGUCUGAAGUGAUUAGAGGGGGACCCAGGAAAUCCUAAUGCCACGUUCCAUUUUCCAGUCAGCUGGGCCUCAGGGAGUUCCCAGUGGAGAAGAGAUGGAAGGGAAUCUAUGACCAGUUCCUGGAAUUCCUCCAGUCUGGCUGCAAGGAAGAAAUGGAAGAGUCUUUCACAGGGUUCCACAUCCAAACCAGCAAGGAGCUGAGGAAAUCUCAGGAAUAUCUCUUUUGCCAAAGGGGGACUGAGGACGUAUCCUGGAAGAUUGAAGAUAUCUUUGAAGAGCUUGUCCAGCACCAGGAGCUGGAGUCAGUACAGAGUUAUUUAGAGAAGGCGUUGAAGUCCUCCCUGCACCCUCUGGGCAAGCUGCUGAAGGCCCUGACAGUCGCUUUCCAGGCAACAUAUUCCGGGAUCGGGGCCAACAGGCACCUGCUGACCAUGGCACAGGAGGAAGUCAAGUAUUAUGCCAAGAAAAUUUGGCAAUUCUACCGGGCUUUGCUCCAUUUGGCACUGAAACAGAAAGGCCAACUGUCCCCAAGGGCUGGGGAUGGAGACACGAGUGACCAGAAGGCCUCCAGUGUGGUCCUGCCCCUGAUCCUGCCCUGCUUCUACCCCGAGCUCUUCAUGCUCUACAUGCUGUACCAUGAGAGGGAAGAUGACCUGUACUGCCAGGGCAUCGUGGACCUCAGCCUCUUCCCUGACAUCAAGCUCCUGGAAUUUCUGGGUGUGCAGAAGCACCUCUGGCCUCUCAAGGAUCUCACCCUGACGACCAACCAGAGGCGCUCCCUGAUCAAGGACAAGUGUUUCCUGUCGGCCACCGAGUGUUUGCAGAAGCUCAUCACCACGGUGGAUCCCAGGGAAAAGCUGCUGAUCCUGCAGAAAACCUACGAGGAGAUCGAGGGCACCGUGGCCAGAGUGCUGGACAAGGACUACAAACUGCCCAUGGAUGACCUGCUGCCCCUCCUCAUGUACGUCGUGUCCAGAGCCAAAAUCCAGCACCUGGGAGCUGAGAUCCAUCUGAUCAGGGACUUGAUGGAUCCCACCAACCAAGGAGGAAUAUUUGACUUCCUGUUGACAGCACUGGAGUCGUGCUACGAGCACAUCCAGAGGAUGAGGCUCCACCAGCGGGAGAACGGCCCCCUGACUCCCAGCUCCUGAGCCCCAGGAUCCCAUGGGAACAUCCUUCCUGCUGUACUUUUCUGCUGGAUGAGGAAUCCCUCGUGUCCCUGCUGCUCUGGCUGCCUUGAAAAGGGAAGAAUUCUUGGAUCAGCUGCGGGUUUCCUUGGAAUUACCCUAAAGCUCCUAAAACAACACGGGGAUGCUGAUGGAUAAAACCCUUGGAUAUCCAACCUCAACUGGGGUUUGGGAAUCUCUUCCCGAGUGGAAAAGGGUUUUUUUUCCCCGUGGUUUCGUUUCUUUGUCCUGCAAAUCCCAGGGAGCUCCUUUCCCUGCUCUGGAGAAAGGACAAAAGGGAGAAGAGUUUAUUGGAGAGAAACCACAGGAAUUCUGAUGGGACCAUUUCUGGUUGGAGAG